GAGAAGCGGAACAGGUUCGUCAGAGAAGACGCAGCGCUCUGUGUGUGGGUUAAAGUUUCUUCAGCAGAUUCGCUUUGUACAGGCUAUUAUAACAGUUGCACCAAACAAAAAACAUGGUUCAAGCCAAGACGUGGAUCCUUAAGCAGCAUUUUGAGGGUUUUCCCAAAGACAGUGAUUUUGAGCUAAAGUUGGAGCAGCUCCCAGAACCCAAGGAUGGAGAAGUGCUUGUGGAAGCUGUGUUCCUAAGUGUGGAUCCCUACAUGCGACCUUAUAGUCGUGUGAGGAUGCAAGCAGGAGACGUGAUGAUCGGCACGCAGGUGGCAAAAGUGACUGAGAGUAAAAACCCAGCAUUUCCAGUGGGGUGUCAUGUGGUCGGACGAUGUGGAUGGAGGACUCACUCGAUAUCAGAUGGAACUGGUUUGGUUCGUGUCCUGAACGACUGGCCCCAAGAUGUUUCUCUUUCUCUAGCUCUUGGAGGCAUCGGAAUGCCUGGUUUGACGGCUAUGUAUGGUUUGGAAGAGGUGUUGGCUAUUAAGCCGGGUGAGACGGUACUGGUGAACGCAGCAGCCGGUGCUGUAGGAAGCAUCGUGGGUCAGAUUGCAAAAAUCAAAGGCUGUAAGGUGGUGGGUUCAGCAGGAAGCGAUGCUAAAGUGGCUUAUCUAAAAGAGCUGGGCUUUGACUAUGCCUUCAACUACAAGACUGUGUCCUCUCUGGAGGAAGCGCUGAAGCAGGCAUCACCCGAUGGCUAUGACUGCUACUUUGAGAAUGUUGGUGGGCAUUUCUCCACUGUUGCUCUUUCACAAAUGAAAGAUUUUGGGAGAAUUGCUGUUUGUGGAGGAAUUUCCCUGUACAAUGACAAAGAACCUCAAACAGGUCCUUACCCUCACCUGCAGAUGAUCUUUAAACAGCUGAAGAUGGAGGGCUUCCUGGUGUUGAGAUGGGAGCAUAAGAAUGAGGACUCUCUAAGAAGAAUGCUAACCUGGCUGCAGGAGGGAAAGCUGAAGUGUCAGGAGCAUGUGACUGCUGGCUUUGAGAACAUGCCUGCAGCCUUUAUGGGGAUGCUACAAGGAGAAAACACUGGAAAGGCCAUUGUUAAAGUCUGAGUCAUUUAACUGUGUCAAGUUGAUUAAAUAAGUAGUCUGGUACAUAAUUAAUAUAAUCUUGGGGUUUUCUUUCGGUCUCUUUCUUUUUGCAUAGUAAAUAUUUAAAGGUUUCUAGUGCAUUAGAAAAAUCAUCUGAAUACAAUAUACAAUGUGUCGUCAGGAUCUUAAAACAUUUUAAAUCCAUAAAAUUGUAUGAGAAUAAAUAUUAAUUAGGCAUGAAUACACUGACUACAUUUUCGGCAUUUAGCAGACGCCUUUAUCCAAAGCGUGGUACAGUACAGUUACAGUCUGAGCAAUUCAGGGUUAAGGGCCUUGCUCAAGGACCCAACAGCAGCAACCUGGUAGUGGUGGGGCUUGAACCAGUGACCUUCUGGUUACUAGUCCAGUACCUUAACCACUAGGCUACGGCUUGACUAGGCAUAACAAUAUGACCGGUAAAGUGAAUAACACUGAUUAUCUCCAUCACGGCACCUGUUAGUGGGUGGGAUAUAUUAGGCAGCAAGUGAACAUUUUAUCCUCAAAGUUGAUGUGUUAGAAGCAGGAAAAAUGUGCGAGUGUAAGGAUUUGAGCGAGUUUGACAAGGACCAAAUGGCUAGACGACUGGGUCAGAGCAUCUCCAAAACUGUAGCUCUUGUGGGGUGUUCCCGGUCUGCAGUGGUCAGUAUCUAUCAAAAGUGGUCCAAGGAAGGAACAGUGGUAAACCAGCGACGGUCAUGGGCGGCCAAGGCUCAUUGAUGCAUGUGAGGAGCGAAGGGUGGUCUGAUCCAACAGACGAGCUACUGUAGCUCAAACUGCUGAAGAAGUUAAUGCUGGUUCUGAUAGAAAGGUGUCAGAAUACACAGUGCAUCGCAGUUUGUUGCGUAUGGGGCUGCAUAGCCGCAGACCAGUUAGUUAGGAAAGUGGUCAUAAUGUUAUGCCUAAUCGGUGUAUAUGCAAUACUUAAUAAAGCUUUACCACAACCAUAAAUGGAAUCUUUUUUUAAUUGGCUUUCACAGUUCAAACGUUUUCAUUUUAAUUUAUAGUAGAAUCAGAACGUUUACUCGACCCUUGACUUUUUGCCCACUAUUACAUUGUUGAUUUGGGCACUCGGGUGGCACACUGGUAAAGUAUGCUAGCUCACAACAGCUAAUAUUCAAAAAUCUGGGGUUCGUAUCUCAGCUGUGCUAAUGACCGGUUGUGUUUCUGCGCCACUGCGAUUGUUUGAUAUAAUUUGGCAUUUUGCCCAGCCAAUCUAUAUUUUAUCACCCAUAAUAAAGAGGUGAAAACAUGUUUAUGAAAAUUAAAAACUGUUGCACUUCAGAUUGCUCUACGUCAAAAUCUCCUCCUACUAUUUUUUAUUUUUGUUGGGAUGUCCAAAAGCUCAUGGUCAAGUGUCAUAGUCUAGAUUUAUGGGUGGAGAUUAACUAAUCUGAAACUUUUUGUAAUUAGAAUGGAUGUAACUUGAAUACAAAGCGGGUAGUACUGUCACCUUACAGCAAGAAGGUCCUGGGUUCAGUCCCCAGGUGGGGCGGUCUGGGUCGUUUCUGUGUGGAGUUUGCAUGUUCUCCCCAUGUCUGUGUGGGUUUUCUUCUGGGAGCUCUGGUUUUCUCCCACAGUGCAAAGACAUGCAAGGGAGGUGAAUUGGAGAUACUAAAUUGUCCAUGACUGUGUUUAACACUAAGCUUUUGAACUGAUGAACCUUGUGUAACAAAUAACUACCGUGUCUGUCUUGAAUGUAACCAAAGUGUGUAAAACAUGACGUUAAAAUCCUAAUAAAUAAAUUUAAGUCAACUUCAAA